UGUAGCAAUAUUUUCAGAUCAUAAGGAUCAAAGUCAAAACAUAACUGUCUACAUUAACAAUAUUUCAAUGGAAGUCAACCAGAUAGGUACUAUGUUACCAAUUAAUUCUUCUACGGGACAUGUCUUUCUGAAGGAACUCAUUGAACCUCGAUUAUUUCAAUACCUUAAGAUUCAAAAACAGGGCACUGUAUUAACACUUUGCGAAGUCAAAUUAUACGAAGCAGAGUGUUACAUUGGUACGUUUGGAGAUAGAUGUUCUAAUCCAUGUCAAUGCGCUGACAAGCUGAAUUGCGACAAAGUCAAAGGAACAUGUGUAAGCGAAGGAUGUUUACCUGGCUGGAAAGGACCAUCUUGUAAUAACUCCUGUGGCCACAAACAUUUUGGACCAGACUGUAAAUACCAGUGUCAUUGUUUUACUAAUGGAUCAUGUGCAAAAGAUUCGGGAAUUUGCAAUCUAUCCCGUUGUGAUCCGGGAUGGCAACUACCAAAUUGUAGUCAAUGUAAAUGCUUCUGUCUUCACAAAUGA